AUGACUCAAAACAGCAAUAUAGCACGCCUUUUGUUGAACUACAUACUGACUGCAAGAGGUAUAUGUCAUGAAAAUGCUUUAAUUUUGGCACUAAUAAGAUUGAAAAUAGAUUUUGAUGAAUUUGAUCCAUCAUGGCCAAUCCAAAAAUGGAACGUGGAAUUGAAUAAUGUUAUUAAUGAGAUUAAUAUUAAAUUGAACACUUUAAAUUACAAAAUAGUAAAAAUUAGUCAUGGCAUGGGGAAACAUGCAGUGACCUUGAAAAAUAAACAAAGAUUUAACCUAUUUGAAAAGUCUGAUAUGGAUAAUAAUGAGGAAAAUAAUAAUAAUAAUAAUAAUAAUUAUGAAGAUGAUAGUGGUGCUAAUAUAGGGACCAUUGAUAAAAAUAAUAACAAAAUACUUAGUAUAAUCUUACCGGAGAGUAAUAAAUUUUAUGUCUAUAUCAAUAUGGAAUCCAGUGAAGAAACAAAAUUGGCUACAAGAUUUCAAGAAAAAGAAAUCUCAUUUAUCAAAUGGGUAAUUGACCAAUUUGUAAAUAAUAGCACAGAGAUCCAAUCUAUAUCUUACAAUACAAUAGAUUCUAGUGUAAUAUACAAGGAAAUUAACCAGUUGUUAACUUCGUUUUCAUACCAGCGGAAAGAAUUGAAGAAUGGGUUUAGUGAUGAUGACAGUGAUGAAGAAAAGUCUGGAGAACAAAAUAACAUCAGAUGGAACUCUUUCAUAACUUUUACCUCUAGGUCUACUAAAUUAUUACAAUAUGAGAAUAUGGGGGCAACAGAAAUUGAAGAUUUAUUGUUACAAUUAUGUGAAUUGAAAUGGUUCUAUCGAGACUCAAAUGGGAGAUUUGGAAUAGAUUUACGAUGUAUUGCAGAACUACGUGAUUAUCUGCUUAAUGAAUAUGAUCUACCUCUAUGUCAGCAGUGUCAACAAUUAACAUUACAAGGUGUUAUGUGUGGAAAUGCUGAUUGUUGUAAUGUUGAGAAUAAAGAACAAAAUUCGAUUUUCCAAAGACGUGUAUGGCAUUUGGAUUGUUUCCAACAUUAUAUGCUUCAUGUAAGUCAAACCUGUGAUAAAUGCAAUAACUCCCUACUGAAUAAUGGUAUAUAUAUCAUAUAA